UAUUGUACAAGUUUGUGCUUAAACAGUAAACAUGUUCAAGGCUGUAGUUUCCGUCUGCGCUCUGGCGCUCAUGAUCCAGUCCGGCGCUGGUGCGUGCCUGGGAGCUGGAUUAGCUGCGCCUUACGGUCUGGCCGGUUCUUACGGAGCAUUCGGAGCUAGGGGUGGGCUUGGUUUAUACGGAGCUAACGAUGGUUUUGGUGCUUGCGGUGCUUACGGCGCCAUUGACGGUUUCGGUGCUUACGGUGCUUUUGAAGGAACUGGCCCUUACGGAGCGUACGGACCUCGUGCCUUAGCUGCUUCCAAUGGCGAAGGUCUGGCUGUAUCAAGCGCUUCCGCUUACCCAGCCGGAGUAUCCGUUUUAUCCGAAAACGCCAUUGAAGGACCUCUUGCAGUCACCGGCGCUCUGCCGUUCUUGGGAACCGUGGCUCUAGAAGGAGCUCUGCCAACUGCCGGUUCUGGUGCUGUAAACUACGGCUGCGGCAAUGGAGCCGUCGCCAUAUUGGCUGAGGACCUCGCCCCCGCUGGCAUCUCUGGCCCACGCGGCUACGGCAUUGGUGCCUGGGGUGCCGAGGGUUUGGGCUACGGUUCUUACGGCUAUGGAAUAAAUGGCCUUGCUGGACCCUUCCGUUCCGGAUGUGGAUGUGGUGCUGCUAACUAAAAACUGGCUCUGGAUUCAUAAAAACCAUGAUUGUAUAUGUUUGAAAACAAUAUGACGACAUCCUUUUAAAAUUAGUUUACGUCUUGGAAAUUUCAACAGAUACGAAUAAAUAAAAUCCAAAUUACAUUUA